AUGGGAGAACGCAGGCCUCCUAUCCUACGGCUCCUACUCGUAGGCCUGGUGUUUCAUCUCGUGUAUAUUGGCACUGUAUUCGACUGCUAUUUUACCAGUCCCGUAGUCCAUGGAAUGCAACCUUUCCGGCUAGAGCAUGCGGAAGCUAAGCGUCUGGUGCUGAUAGUUGCGGACGGGCUUCGUGCGGAUUUGUUGCUUGCCCUCAAUGCAUUUCCUUCAAUUCCUGGUGCUCCGGAGGUUGUUGCUCCUCAUAUACGUUCCAUAAUCCAGACGAGAGGCGCUUUCGGUAUCUCACAUACUCGAGUACCUACGGAAAGUCGGCCUGGACAUGUUGCCCUCAUCGGCGGCAUGUAUGAGGACGUGUCUGCGGUCACAAAAGGCUGGAAAACGAAUCCCGUGGACUUCGAUUCCGUAUUCAACAGAUCGAGCCACACCUUCUCAUUCGGUUCACCGGACAUCUUGCCCAUGUUUGCUCGGGGUGCAACCUUGGGGAAAGUUGACAUGUGGUGUUACGAUGAAGAUGAAGAGGACUUCACAAAAGAUGCCACAGCGUUGGAUGUGUGGGUCUUGGACCAUCUCCGAACACUCUUUCAUAACGCCACCGGUGACGCUGCUCUGGAUCAUACGCUAAAGCAGGACAAGACCGUGUUUUUCCUCCAUCUUCUUGGUUUAGAUACGACAGGGCAUUCUUACCGACCCCAUUCACCGGAAUACAUGGCCAAUAUCCAAGUUGUAGAUGAGAUCGUCAAACAGACUGAGCAGCUGUUCUCUGACUUUUAUGGAGACGAGGAGACUAGCUUCAUAUUUACUGCCGAUCAUGGCAUGUCCAAGAUUGGGAAUCACGGCGAUGGUGAUCCUGACAGUACACGUACGCCUCUUGUGACAUGGGGCAAGGGCAUUAGAGGACCUCUCCCCGAUAGUGUUCCUUCCUCACAUGACUCCUACUCAGAAGCAUGGGGGUUGACCCAUCUUUUCCGCCGAGACGUCGCGCAGGCAGAUGUGUCAGUUCUCAUGACCUCGCUGAUCGGCGUUGACUGGCCGGUAAAUUCUGUCGGGGUCUUGCCUGAUGUGGAUGUGGUUCGUCCUGGAUAUCUCAAUCUGAAAGGUGGAGAGACGUCGCAAGCAGAGGCUGCGCUCAUCAACACCAAGGUUAUUCUGGAGCACUAUCGUGUGAAGCAUGAGCAAAAGAAAGCGCAUACACUCUUGUAUCAGCCUUUUCCCUUCUUUUUGAACUCAAGCGCGAGCAGCCCCGGUAUAGAACUUUUAACCGAGAUAGAGCACCUUAUUGCUGGUGGAGAGCUCAGCAAGGCUAGGUCGACCGCUGCCGAUUUAAUUCGAAGCACCCUAGAUGGCCUCAGAUACCUUGAGACAUAUGAUCGUACUCUUAUCCGCGCCAUAGUGACUGCCGCAUACUUGGGUUGGAUUGCUUUCGGCUCAGUGUCGAUAUUUGCAACUCGGGACGUUCAUAGUGCAGAAGAAUCCACACGAACCGCUGGGCUUGAUGUCGUUGGCACUCUCACUUUGCUAUUGUUCUGGGGCUUGUUCGCGUUACAGCGGUCACCCUGGACAUUUUACCUCUACAUAUGUUUCCCAGUCUAUUUUUGGCACCAGACUGCGCGGUAUGCAGUUAUGUCGUUCACAGGGCAUUUCAUGAACAAAGGUAGUGGACUGUGGACUAUUCUGAAGCUGUUCGUGCAAGGCUGUAUGGUCGUCGGCGCCUUGGGGAGUAUGGUGAUAGGGUAUACCCAUCGUGAAAUCUGGAGUGUAUGGUUUAUUGUGCUCGGCAUCGUGUGGCCAAUAGUAUCAUGGCCUAGUGAAGCUCGAUUCCAGCAUUUUACGAAGCUACUGCCUUGGUCGACUGUAUGUCUGGCAACUGCUGUAUUCCCGAUGCUCAGCGUUGACAAAGAGGAGGAUAUCACGGCUGUAUUAGUGGGUGGAAUUUUAAUGGUUAUGGUAGGGGUGUUGGGUGCCUUUGAGCUGUCAGUGGACAAGCAGAUUCGACGGUCGUUCAGGACAGCCAUCGGAUUCCAGUGCCUUCUCAUAUGCGCGAGUAUGGUCAUCACAGCCAGUUCCGCCUCCAGUCUUCGCGCCAAGGCUGGAUUACCGUUGCUCAAUCAAGUUCUUGGCUGGAUUGUUUUUUUGAUUGCCUCGACAUCCCCAUUCAUCGUCAAACUUCCCGGAUUAAAUCCACUCGGGCGAAUCCUCAUGUUCUUCCUGGGCUUUUCAGUGUGCUUCGUUAUACUGUCAAUCAGCGUCGAGGGUCUGUUUUACUUCUUCUUCUCAGCCACUCUACUUCUGUGGGUAGAAGUCGAAGCGAUUGUGCGAGGAGCGGAGCGGAAUUUUCCCUCCAAAGAGCUUCGGGGUUACAAAAUUCGAGCAGAUGACUUGCGUAUAGCAAUAUUUUUCCUGUUUUUCGUUCAGGUGGCUUUCUUCGGGACUGGAAAUGUCGCGUCGAUAUCUUCGUUCUAUCUGGAGCCCGUAUAUAGGCUGGUGCCUGUCUUUAAUCCGUUCCUCAUGGCAGUCUUACUGGUAGGUGCCUUCUACCGAUGUCCGGCAUUCGGAAGUACGACUAUAUUCGACAUUCUCUCGCAGAUAUUCAAAAUCAUUGCGCCAUAUAUCAUUCUCGCCACGAGCCUCCAUUUGCUCAAUAGAAGGCUUCAUUUACCUCCAUUUAGCCUAUUUCUUGUCGCACUGACGCUUACGGAUGUCAUGACGAUGACAUUCUUCUUCAAGGUCACGGACACUGGAUCCUGGCUUGAGAUCGGGCAAUCCAUCAGCUUCUUCUGUAUCAGCUCUCUGCUACUCGUGUGGGCAGCAGGCACAUGUGCCGUAGGAGAGCUAUUAAUGGCAGAUAGCUUGGAUGCGUCGGCUGAAACGGCCAGAAAAGUUGAUUGA